CCCCGCGGCCUGAUGGGAGUUGGAGUCAGAAUGGAUUCAGCACUUCCUGCUUUGACAAGGAAAACCAAGACAUUUGGGCUGUUGAAUGUUAAGAAGUUGCUCGCUGGUCAAACCGUCUCACCUCGAAGAGACAAAGGUGAACGCAGAAACAGAAUGUCUUUGAUGGACCAUGCGGGUGUCCGGCCAAUUACGGCUGUGGCGUGGACCUCCAACUCCAGCACAUGCCCCAAAGAUUUCACCCUGAUCACCAUCACUGAAGACGGAGCAUCGGCAAACUUUACACGCAGCUUUGGGAAGUCUGGAUAUUACCUCUGUUACAGCAAGGACAUGGCAGGUGGCAUGGUAGUGUCCGACAUUCAGCUUAUUUCAGACAAGGAAUCUAUCCCUCAUGGUUAUUGCUAUAUAGCAGAGUACCUUGAACCAAAGGCCAAUGUUUCGAAGAAGAAACGCGUGUGUGUGCGUGUCGUCCCAGUGGGCAGUGUGGACACAGCUGUGUUGGAUAUUAAACUGACAGGCAAAAGCAAAAUGAUGCUGCAGCACCACACAUACGUGGGAGACGUUCAUGGCUACGUGUUAUGGUGCAGAAAGGGCUAUUUUUCAGGCCCCAAGCCUCAAGCCAAGCCCCGCAGUGUCAGCCUGGACCUCCGCAGACUCUCAUUGGAGCAGCAGACUGGUCCUUUGCCCCUCAGACCAAGCAACCCUCCUCCUCCACUGCCACCAAAUAAACUGAGUCAGAGACGCCGCAGCCUCCACAGCAAGGACAACUUUGACAAACCUGCUGAUGCCAGUUUCCAGGGAAUCACAGCUCUAGAUGGAGUUCCCUUUAACAUUCACCCAAAGUUUGAUGUCCAGGCAAAUGAGACGGCUCUGCAACUGAACUCUCAGUUAAACAACAUUCGCAUAAAGUCUCUCCAGGACAUUGAAAAUGAGUAUAACUACACUUUUGUUGUGGAGGAAGCUGCUGCCAAAAGGAUCAGACCAUCAGUGUCAUCAGGAGGCACUCCAUCAGCUCAGUGAUCUUUGAACUUUGACAGAACAACAUUAUCCGACUUCUGCAUGUUGGCAUGACAUCACACAUCACGGUACAGAUGAAGGAUAAUCAUGCCCACAUGUAUACUGUAGAUUUAUAAUAUUAGUCUUGAAGUGGAAUUACAAAGAUUUAUCAUACCAGAGUCAAUUAAAAGGUCAUUUAUGGGCACUGCCUUUCUACAUGAGACUGACAAUCAUACUUCAAAGCCGUUAAAUUGGUUUAGCUGCAUAAUGCCACACUUAGAUUCCUUUUUAUUUGUCUAUACUCCAUUACCAUCUAGAAGCAUUCCACGUUCUUUAUUUGCCAAAGGAAAUGCCUAUUUGAAUGGAAUUAUACUUGUAAUUAUAUUGUCUUAUCGUGUUUAGACUGUUUGUCUUAUGUAGGAAUACAUUCUUUACAUUUACAUCCUUGACAUGACACAGGGGUAAAGAUAAUAGUUACUUUGUGGGGUUUCUUUUUUCUGUUUUAGGCUACUCGCCUGCAGCAUUUAGCCCACAGUCAAAAUGUAGACUAAUCAUCUGCUAGAAAGUACUUACUUAUAUCACGAGGAUGCUCCUGCUAUUGAAUAUGUGUUCUUCUUGCUCUGUUGUAUGUUAUCUGAUAUCCUUGAGUGCUGUACAUUUUUAAUUGUUUCAGUCAUUAGGUCGCGAUGUUGAUGAACUUUAUUGCAGUUUAUGUUGAACUGAACUCACUAGCUACACUAACACAUCUACAUGUAAGAUAGAGGCUAUUUCCUGUAUGAAGAGUAGCUUACUGUUACGUUUGCGUCAUUCCAAAAAACAAUAUUAUAUCAUAUUUUAAGGUGAAUGGAAGAAGGUUGUAUAUUUUGCUCUGCGUUUUAGUCAUCCUAAAGAAGAUAUGUGGGGAGGGAUCUUUUUUUGUUACCUGAUUAAGGGCCAAGUAUUUAUCAUUGUCUUUGUACAAUUUAUAAAGUUAUGUUUUGUUGUUUUUAUGGGCUGUAAACUUUUAUUGCAUGAAAAAAAUAAAAGGCUAAGAAACACUAC